GCGGCGUAGCUGACGAUUGGUGGAGAAGGCGGCGGCUGUCCUGGUGGAGGCGACGAAGGGGCGGGCUCCGGGAGUCCGGACGAGCCCGAGCGCGUCAACCCCUCGCGCUGAGGUGGUGGCUUGUGUCCCGCCGGCCCACUCCGUGUCGCCCCGCGCUGCUGUGGCCGCCGCGGCACCAUGGCUCUGUUCGUCGUGCUCCUGUCCUUGCUGGUGGCGGGUGUUUUGGGGAACGAAUUUAUUAUACUAAGAUCACCAGGGUCCGUUGUUUUCCGAAAUGGAAAUUGGCCUAUACCAGGAGAUCGAAUCCCAGAUGUGGCUGCGUUGUCCAUGGGCUUCUCUGUGAAAGAAGACCUUUCUUGGCCAGGACUUGCCGUGGGUAACCUGUUCCAUCGUCCUCGGGCUACGGUUAUGGUGAUGGUGAAGGGAGUAGACAAACUGGCUCUACCCCCAGGCAGUGUCAUUUCAUACCCUUUGGAGAAUGUUGACUUGCUCUUUCUUUCUGAACUACAAGUACUACAUGAUAUUUCAAGUUUGUUGUCUCGUCAUAAGCAUCUAGCCAAGGAUCAUUCUCCUGAUUUAUAUUCACUGGAGCUAGCAGGUUUGGAUGAAAUUGGGAAACGUUAUGGAGAAGACUCUGAACAAUUCAGAGAUGCUUCUAAGAUCCUUGUUGAUGCUCUGCAAAAGUUUGCAGAUGACAUGUACAAUCUUUAUGGUGGAAAUGCAGUGGUAGAGUUAGUGACUGUCAAGUCAUUUGACACAUCCCUUGUGAGGAAGACAAGGACUAUCCUUGAGACAAAACAAACAAAAAACACAGCAAGUCCCUACAACCUUGCAUAUAAGUAUAAUUUUGAGUAUUCAGUGGUUUUCAACAUGGUACUUUGGAUAAUGAUCGCCUUGGCCUUGGCUGUGAUUAUCACCUCUUACAAUAUUUGGAACAUGGAUCCUGGAUAUGAUAGCAUCAUUUAUAGGAUGACAAACCAGAAGAUUCGAAUGGAUUGAACUUUCCUUAUGCCAAACUUAGAAAAGGAGUUUCGAAUUUGGCUGUUUUAUUAAAAUAUAUCUCCUAGUGUGGUUUAAAGUAGAUAGUAUACUUUAAAUUUAUAAAGAAAAAAAAGCAAAUUUUGUUCUCUAUUUUGUGUGUGCCUGUGAUGUUUUUUUAGAGUGAAUUAUAGUAUUGAUGUGAAUUGAACUGUGUGAUAUAGAUUCCAUAAUAUGCUCAAAUAUUAUGAUAUAGCCAUUUAAUAACAAUUUCAUUCCAUUUAAUAAAUUUGGAAAUAUGCACUGAAAGAAAUAUAAAACGCUUAGAAUAGCUUGUGUUAUUUAUGUUGGAAAAAUGCACUGAAUUUAUUAGAGAAUCUUAUGAAUGCCUAACUUCCUUACACAGGAUAGGUGAAAAUUGUAUUUGGGCUGUAGUAUACUAUGAACCAUUUGUAAAUGUCUUAAUUUGAUGUAAAUAUCUCUGAAACAAGAAAAAAGGCUUUUAAUUUAGAGCAGCCGUAGAAUAUGGAUGUGCUUACACAAUCGCUUAGUUUUGGAACUGUAUCCGAUUGACAGAGGAUAGCUGUUUUUUAACCUUCUGCAAGUCCGGUGAUCCAUAUGGUCUAAUAUGGAUAUUAAAAAUACUACAUUGAUCUAAGAAGAGACUAGCUUUGUGGAGUAUAGAUGCUUUUAAUUGUACACACAAAAACAAAUCUUUGGGGGACAUCUUGAGGCAUGAAUAUAAAAUAUUUUUAUUUCAGUAACUUUUUCCCUGUGUAGGUUACUAUGGUUUGUGGUACAACUUCAUUCUAUAGAAUAUUAAGUGGAAGUGGAUGAAUUCUACUUUUCAUGUGGAAGUGGACCAAUGUCUUUAAAGAGUGACAAAUAAAGUCAAUGAUUCCAAA